GCCCGGGUCUCGUGGCCCCACGGGCAAAGUCUCCCAGGCGGCGCGGACGGCGCGGGCGGGCGAGAUGGGCGCUGCGGGCCGGCUCCUGCUGUGGCUUCAGCUCUGCGCGCUCACCCGGGCCGCCUACAAAGUCUGGCUCCCCAACACCGACUUCGAGACCGCCGCCAACUGGAACCAGAACCGCACUCCGUGCGCGGGGGGCGCCGUCCAGUUCCCCGCGGACAAGGCCGCGUCCGUCCUGGUGCGCGAGAGUCACGCCGUCUCCCAAGUGCUCCUGCCGCUGGAUGGAGAGCUGGUCCUGGCCUCCGGAGCGGGCUUUAGCGCGGCGGGCGACGGCCCGCACCCGGACUGUAACGCGGGCGGCCCCUGGCUCUUCCGCAACCCCGACCGCUUCUCGUGGUUGGACCCGCACUCGUGGCACACCCGGGACGAGGCGCGAGGCCUCUUCUCUGUGGAUGCCGAGCGCGUGCCCUGCCGCCACGACGACGUCCUGUUCCCGCCCAAUGCCUCCUUCCGCGUGGAGCUCGGGCCGGGCGCCAGCCCCGCGCGCAUCCGCACCCUCUCCGCGCUCGGUCAGACGUUCACGCGCGACGGGGACCUGGCGGCCUUCCUGGCGUCGCGCGAGGGCCGCCUGCGCUUCCACGGGCCGGGCGCGCUGAGCUUGGACUCCGAGGCCUGCGCCGACCGGUCGGGCUGCGUCUGCGGCAACGCGGAGGCGCUGCCGUGGAUCUGCGCCGCGCUGCUCCGGCCCGUGGGCGGCCGCUGCCCACCCGCCGCCUGCCACUCCGCCCUGCGGCCCCUCGGCCAGUGCUGCGACCUGUGCGGAGCCAUCGUAUCCUUGGCCCACGGCCCCACCUUUGACCUGGAGCGGUACCGAGCCCGCCUGCAGGACCUUUUCCUGGCCCUGCCCGAGAACCAGGGGCUGCAGGUGGCGGCGUCCAAGGUGCCGCGCGCCCCCGAGGCCCGCACCGCCGACGCCGAGAUCCAGCUGGUGGUGGUGGAGACGGCGCGGGACGGGGCGGGCGGGGCGGAGCGCCUGGCCCGGGCCCUGGUGGCCGACGCGACUGAGCACGGUGAGGCCCUGGGGGUCCUGUCCGCGACCCUGCGGCAUUCGGGCGCGCCCGUGGGAGGAGGCGACUCCGCGGGACCGGAAGGACUGGGGUCCCGCGCGGGGCUGGCGGUCGGCGUGGGGGUCGCCGUGCUGCUGGUGCUGCUGGGGGCCCUGCUGCUGCUGCACCGCGCGGGGCGGCUCAGGUGGAUGAGCCGCCAGGGCCCCGAGUCCGCGCCCACGGAGCUGCCCCUGGGCUUUCGCAACCCCAUCUUCGGCCAGGAGACCUCCCCGGAGCUGCCGCCCCCCCUGGCCCUGGAGCUGGACAUCGACGCCCGCCAGAGCUACUUCGCUAACCCGCUCUUCGCCGCCCAGGCCGAGGCCGAGGCCUGACCGCCGCGGGCCCCACCCCGGGCUGCGGGCCCCCCCUGCCCGCGC